GGGUGUAACUGUAGAAUGUAGACUCUCUAUGAUAGCUGAAAAUUUGAAAGUUUUAUCCUUGAUACUUUUUUGAAAAAUUGGGAACAAGCUUAUAUAUCUCAGGAUUAGGUCACUUAAAAAAAUCGAUCGAUAAUUUUCUGAUAAAUUUUGUCUAAAAUAAGAUAUCGACAGAAGCGUUUCUGAUCAAAAGGGUCAGAAAAAACCAACAAAGCAAAAACAAGAAAUGGAAGACUUUUAUUUCUAUGCAUUACUAUAGACUGGACAUUUUAGCGUUAGUUUUGCUACGUGACAAUGACAGAUGUAUACAAAUUAACACACGCUAAUUUGAAUAAAGUUCAUUUAUUUCAUUAACACAAAAGCUACACAAGAAAGAUUUCGCGAACUGGCCGCCAUACUUAGGUGCAUACAUUAUUUGGAUCUUUACCGCUUUGCAGGAGCAUUAAGUGAAUAUGAUCCCACUGGAUGGGUUGAACGACGUCAAGAAUAAACCAUAAAGUGGCGUUACUCGCAAGGGCGUGGUGAGACGGGUCUGUGUCCCAGGGACGUCUCGUCUUUAAAAUUGUAUGGAAAAUACAUUCAACCUGUUAACCUCUUUCACAAUUAAUGGCUUUCGUUAAAGUAAGGAGGCCGAGCGAAACCAUAAAUAAUUAUACAGAAUUGUGGAGGACGAUAUGGAGCUCUUGCAAGUCGUCGUUAUUGUCACUUUAUUGGGUUUUCUGGAUGCAAAAUCUUGCUAUUUCAUCAAAACAAUAAUUAACUGGGGCAGGGACUGGAAUGAUUUUAAGACAAACACGUCACUCUACAAGACCAAAAUAAGCAGCGUGUACUGCAGUUAUGACGAGGUUUGUUGUGGCAAAUCAUGUUGUCCCGAUCCGUCUGUCACCCCAAAGUAUUACUACUAUGACACAAACAACUACCAGUAUGACUCCAGUGAUGAUGAUUCCAAAAUGUCUACUGGUUCUACACUGGGAACGGCUUUUGCAGUCGUCAUUGGAUUUUCCUUUUGUAUGUCCUGUUGCAUAGCAUGCUGCAAACAACAAAAAAAUGAAAGACAAAAUGUGAAUGUCUGUAAUGCUCCACCCAUUGUUGCUUACUCAUCAGACAUUGGAGCUGUUAUUGUACGACAAGUGCCACGUGAUAAUACCUCCUCCUCCUCAUCAUCGGCCUCGUCUUCGCCUGGUGGGGAAGAUAACUCUAACCAUGACACAAGUCAACCGUAUGCUGCCUCAGAAACUUACGGAUUUAGUUCACUGGACACACGGGAGAAUGAAGCCCCUCCUUAUGAAAGUGCAAAUUUAUUACAAGUAACAGAACCUCCGCCAUCGUAUGAAUACGUUAUGUCACACAAUUAUCCCACAAAUAGUGACAAUGAAAAGAGUUAAGCUAAAACCAGUAAUGAACCAUCAAAUUAAUUAUGCUUAUAUAGAGAACAGUUUUAAUUAGUUUUGCGAAAUAAUGUAAAAUAUUGUAGUGCAAUAUUUUACUAUUAAAAUAUUAAGGAAAUGUAAUUUUAAUUAAAUGAUUUUUUUGGACAUAGGCAUAAAUAGACAUCCUCCGAAGAAGGAACAAGCGUAAUCUGUUGUUGAAAAGUUUUAUUAAAUUUUGCUGUUAAAUAUCCGUAUUAACACAUGUAAGAAUUUUAUCCGACCACUCUCUAAUUGGUAAGGUGACAUACAAUCGUAGGACCAAUAGUUGUGGUUACAGUGCAAACUAUACCAAGCAAGUGAUGGUGUAAAUUAUUCCUGUAAACUACCUAACAAAACUGACUUCAUUGGUUUGGCUCCUUAUGUUACUUAGAAUUGAAAUAAAAAUAUAUGUAAAAAUAUGUCUGAACUACUGACUGUACUUACCAGAAUCUCUAGGUCUGCGUUCAAGAUCGUAGCAGCUAGCCUAGUCGCUAGGUCGUAAAUAUAGCAGCUAGCCUAGCCGCUAGGUCGUAUAUCUAGCAGCUAGCCUAGCCGCUAGGUCGUAUAUCUAGCAGCUAGCCUAGCCGCUAGGUCGUAUAUAUAGCAGCUAGCCUAGCCGCUAGGUCGUAUAUAUAGCAGCUAGCCUGAGCAGACUGCUAGCUUAGCUGCUAGGUCUCAGAUUUGAAGUUGGAAAUAUUCAACUUAAGACUACAGUAAUUACAUGGACAAAAUUUGUUAAUUUCAAGCGGAAAUAUACAUGUUAAUAUUCAUUAAAACUUUAGGGAUGAACAAAAUAUCACUAAAUAAGCAGAUUUCAUGUUUGUGGCAAAGUGGUAACUAAUGUGGCAAUCUUGAAUUGCAUGCUUAGGAUAAGAUGUAUAGGCUACAAAUAUCUACGUAGCGGUUAGGCUAGCUUACCGGUCAACUACGUUGCGCUGCCUAGCUGUUACGAUCUUGAACGCAGCCCUAAAUACACCCGCCCCCUUUUUAAACACUUUUCUAGUCAAUUUCUAUUUACGUUUAAUAAAUAUAUUAUAUAUUAUAUAUUUAAAUAUAUGUUUUAAAUAUUUAUUGUUAAAUCGACUGUUUUGUGGGAAACACAAUAAAAUGUAAUGUAAUUAAUCAUCUUCAGAUAAUGUGACAAAAUAACAAUGAAAGAAUGCAAUUCAGCGUUUAUGCAAUUAAAUACAUGAUGAGUGAACUUUUUUGUAGUUUAUUUCUGUAUGUGUAUUAGUUCUAGAAUGCAUAUUAUAGUUUAGAGGGAGAUAUUACUGUCAUUGUUCUUCCUAUAACCCCUGCAUUUAAAAAAAAAUGCUGUACUCAAUUGUUAUUUUUAAAACAAUAAUGAAUUAUUCAUAUUUAUAUUAACCUUUGCUGUUUUAUUGAUUUGCAUUUUAUAAAUAAAAAAUGUUCAUUUGUUUGUCUUUAUAUCUUUAAGUUG